AUCCCCUGGCCAGCACCCAGGCGUCCGGGCGCUUCCAUACAUGGGCACCGAGGGGCCCGCGCGGGGCGACGUCACGGGGGGCCGCACCCAGUCCCGGCCAUGGACGACCUGGAUGCCCUUUUGGCUGACCUGGAGACGACAACGUCGCACCUCGCCCGGCGGCCAGUGCUGCUGACGGACCCGCCGGGAGGGGCACCCCCCACCCAUCUGUCCGCUGCCUCUGGCGGGGACCCCCCCCGGCCCCCCCCACCCCCCUAUGGCCCAGCACCAGGGGGGGACACCGAGCAGCUCUACAGCACGGUGCAGAAGGCCCGGCCCCCCCGGUCACCCCCAGCCCCCCCCAGCCUGGGGGAGCUCGACCGGCUCCUCCGCGACCUCAAUGCCACCCACAGCUCCAUCGCAGAUGAGAUCCUGGCCCAGUUUCCCCCCUUGAAGAGCUCCGAGGGGGUGAAGAGGAAGGAGGCAGUGGACGAGGCUGAAGUCGGGGUUUCCCCCGCCCGAAGCUCGGACACCCCCCCCAUGCCCCCUGCCUCGGCCACCUCGGCCACCCAGGAGCUGGACAAGCUGAUGGCCUCGCUCUCCGACUUCCACCUCCACCGCACCCCCCCCCCAAAAAAGGGGGUUCCUGAGGGGGGGAACCUGGACUCGAUGCUGGUGCUGCUGCAGUCGGACCUGAGCCGCCAGGGAGUCCCCACGGGGGCAAAGGGGGUUUGUGGGUCCUGCCAGAAGCCCAUCGCUGGGAAGGUGGUGAAGGCUUUGGGGUGCACCUGGCACCCCGAGCACUUUGUCUGCGCCCGCUGCGGAGGGGAGCUCGGGGGCGGCAGCUUCUUCGAGAAAGACGGGGUGCCCUACUGCCCGCGGGACUAUGGACGGCUCUUCUCCCCCCGCUGCGCCCGCUGCGCCCAGCCCAUCCUCGACAAAAUGGUGACAGCGCUGGACAAGAACUGGCACCCGGAGCACUUCUGCUGCGUCAAGUGUGGGCAGCCCUUUGGCGAGGAGGGCUUCCUGGAGAAGGACGGCCAGCAGUACUGCCGCCAGGACUUUGCCGAGCUCUUCUCCAGCCGGUGCCGGGGCUGCGGGCGGCCCAUCCUGGAGGGCUACAUCGCUGCCCUCGAGGGGCUCUGGCACCCUGAGUGCUUCGUCUGCCGGGAGUGCUUCGCACCCUUCGUGGGGGGCAGCUUCUUCGAGGAUGGCGGCCACCCCUACUGCGAGCGGCACUUCCAUGCCCGGCGGGGCUCGCUGUGCCGGGGCUGCGGGGAGCCCAUCGCCGGCCGGUGCGUCACCGCCAUGGCCCAGCGCUUCCACCCCGAGCACUUCGUCUGCGCCUUCUGCCUCCGGCCCCUCUCCAAGGGCACCUUCCAGGAGCAGGAGGGCAAGCCCUACUGCCAGCCGUGCUUCCUCCGCCUCUUCGGGUGAGGCCACCGCGGCCACCCCCAGCCCCACCGAUGGUGCCCCGUGGUGUGGGGUGCCCCAUGGAGGUCCAACAGACACCCCACGACCACCACAAGAGCAUCCCGUGGAUGCCCUGUUGCACGGGGUACGCCACUGAGGUGGUGUUCAAGGUGCUCCAUGGUGCCUGGGGGGGCCUCAUGCCUGGGGAUCUGGCACCCUUGAGGUGCCCCGUGGGGUGGGGUGCCCCACAGAGGUCCAAUGGACACCCCACGACCACCAUAAGAACAUUCCAUGGGUGAACCAUUGGAUAGGGUGCACCACUGAAGUGGUCUUCGAGGUGCCCCAUGGUGGUCUGGGGCUUCACGCAUGGGGAUCUGGCACCGUUGAGGUGCCCCGUGGUGCUUGGGAGCCUCACAUGGGGGGGGUCCCUCACCCCUGAGCUGCUCCCUGAUGUGGGGUGCCUCAUAAAUACCCCAUGGGGGUCCCAUGGGUGCUCCACAGUGUGGCGUGACCCACGGGUCUGGCCACGGACUUGCCCCAUGCCAUGGGGUGACCAUGGAUCCGACCCAGGACUUGCUCCACAGCAUGGGGUGGUCUCUGUGCAUGGUACAGGACUGGCACUGGGGGGCACUGAUGGUCCCGGUGGGACACUGGGGGUAACAGGGGGGCACUGGGGGCCUCCAUGGGUCGCACUUGCUCUUUGCUUGCACAUGCCAAAGCCUUUGUA